GUUGGUCUCUCAACAAUGCUUCAAUCAGACUUCUCUUCCACAUCCACCAUUUACAAAGACACGAGUCCAGCGGGAACUCUUUGUUAUAUUGAUCCAGAGUAUCAACGAACAGGAUUAGUAUCUCCAAAAUCCGAUGUAUACGCUCUUGGUAUGGUGAUUUUGCAGCUGCUGACCGCAAGACCAGCAAUUGCAGUUACUCAUGUGGUGGAAACAGCUCUUGAAAACGAUGAGUUAGCUUGUGUGUUGGAUCAAGAUGCAGGCGAAUGGCCGAUUGAUGAAGCCAAGGAGUUAGCAUAUUUGGGGUUGAGCUGCGCUGAGCUUCGAAGAAAAGAUAGACCAGAUUUGAAAAACAAGGUUCUUCCUGUAUUGGAACGACUAAAAGCAGUCGCAGAUUCAGCUCAAAGAUCCACAUCCAUGACGCGACCCACCCCUCCUAACCACUUCAUAUGCCCAAUACGCAAGGAUGUUAUGGUUGAUCCAUGUGUUGCUGCUGAUGGCUACACGUACGAUCGCAGGGCGAUAGAACAAUGGCUUGAAGAGAGUGAUAGCUCCCCGAUGACUAAUUUACCGUUGACGAGUAGGAGCUUAACGCCUAAUUACACGCUUCUUUCGGCAAUCAUGGAGUGGAAAUCAACAACCUAACCAUUUGAGUGAGAAUUUUUGAUGCAACCUAAUUUUUUUAGGAUUGU